UACUUGUGUCUACUCAUGACCUUAGCAGUAAAUCUGCUGACAGUGUUUACAUCAGUAUUUACAUCAGUACUCUAUAAAAGAAGCAGCCAUUUAUAUCAACAGUUUCACCAUGAUUAUCUCUUAUUUGCAAAUAUGAGAACUAUAGACUGUGUCGUUCUUGGCUUUCUUUUUGGACUUGCCAUUUCAGACUCACUAAACAUAAGGCUGGUGGAUGGAAACAGCAGUUGCAAAGGGAGACUGGAAGUAAAUCGCAAUGGAAUAUGGGGGACCGUGUGCAAUGACCAGUGGGAUAAAAAAGAUGCCAAGGUGGUGUGUAAACAGCUGCAAUGUGGACCCCCCAAAUUCUCCUAUGAAUGUCAGCCAUUUGGAGAAGGUUCUGGGCCAAUCUGGCUAGACGAGGUGAAAUGCACGGGGAAUGAAUUUUCUUUAUCCGAAUGCAAAUUUAAUGAGCCAGGAGUGCAUGACUGUGAGCACAGAGAGGAUGUGAGUGUACUCUGCAGAGAACAUUUUAAAAUACAGUUGGUAAAUGGCUCUAGCAGAUGUGCUGGAAGGCUAGAAGUUUUUUAUGAUGGAGAAUGGGGGAGCGUGUGUGAUGAUGACUGGGAUAGAAGUGACUCCCAAGUUGUAUGUCACCAGCUUGGAUGUGGAGGCCCUCAACUCAACAGAGGACCACGCUUUGGCCAGGCCUCUGGGCGCAUUUGGUUGGAUGAUGUUCAGUGCAAUGGAAAUGAAAAUUCUUUGGAGGAAUGUAAACACCGCACGUGGUCAUACAAUGACUGUACACACGAGGAGGACGUUAGCGUCCACUGCACAGGUAUUGCAGGUCCCAGGUUGAAAAAAUUACAAAAUGGUUUUGGAAGUCCGUUUAGGGGAUUAUCCCCCUUUCACAGUUCCAGAAAAAAUAAAAUCAAGAAAAGAACUAUAAACGGCAAAGAGGAUAGAAAAGUAUGAGGUUUUGGUUCACUGCUUAUCAUUAACAAAUGUACACGAUUAAUCUUUGAGUCACAAUUUACAAGACGUUGAUUAAAAAAACAAAGUUGCCUUAUGUUCACUUA